AUGAGGGGGGGUGAGGGGGGGGUGAGGGUGGUGAGGGUGGUGAGGGUGGCUGAAGGACACAAAGGCCUCCGCUCCUGUGUCCCGCCCCUGGGACUGUUACCUGUCAACAAGAGCUCAUUUGCGACCACGCAGGAGGGCAGAGCCACAGGCAGAACAUGCAACAGGCUGAUGCUAUCUCUGCUGCUCCGGACGUCCGUCUACAGUUAG